AUGAGUGCGGUAGUUUCACCAUUACCUCAUCAACCUUUCUCCAAUACAGAGCUCUAUGUACCUUCAGGCUCGGUGUCGGCUCACGCAGAAUUACCUCCUGCUAAACCUGUUUCGGAACCACAUUCGAUCCCCUUCCCGAUAUUCCAACAUCGCCAUACAUCGCCCUAUCCCACUCCCCAAUCGUUCUCUGCCCUCGGUCCACCUACCGCUGUGAAUAUGUCUUCCCAUAUGCUAGGCUCAGUAGCCGCUCCUUCUGCACCAAAAGGUUCUCCAGUCAGUCUACCUGCUAUCACGCCCGAAGUCUCACCUCAAGUACCUCUGCCGCCUACACCUGAUCCGUCUCCGCCAACCAGUAAAAUGCUGAGUCCGACAAUGAUGAUCAAGCUUGCUCCGCCUGCCGAUGAUAGUCCUUACGAAAUCAGCUUCUUAGAACAUCAUCCAUCGCAUGUUCAGCUUUCUACUGAAUCUCGCUUUGGAUCUAACGUAACCCCUAGACGAGUUCCUGGGGUCUUGAAUUCAGACCAAACAUCGGCCGUCGAGACUCCCCCGCCACGCACUAGGUCGAAAAGCGGUUUAGAACCUAUACCUCAAACAGCUCCUGCAAAAGUAUCUUCGGAAGGUAAAGCUCCCAGACCGAAAUCAAUGGGUCCACCUCCUCGACCUAGAAGAAGUCAUACCGCCUAUCCUGCACCCCAGUCAGUGAAGAUGCAAGAAAGCCGAAGUGCAGAUUCCAGAGCGAAAUUGCGAAAUCACAUACCGCCUUUACCCCGCCAAGCAUCCCAUGGUCCAAUAGGUUCACAAGGUCUGACGAGAGCUUUGAGUGAUGCUAGUGCCAAUACGCCCCCGCGUAUAGGUUCUAUAUCGUUAUCAGCAAAUAACAACGAUAUGCCCCCACCAGAUCUAGGAGGUCCAGAUGGUUUAGAAGCUAAAGUCGUCUUACUUGGUUCUCAAGGUGUUGGAAAGACUUCUCUGAUCCUGAGAUAUACCACCAAAAUAUUUUCGCCUACUCCUGCUCCCGCCACUAUAGGAUCUUCCUUACAUACAAGAAAAUUAAUACAUGAUGGGACGAGGGUAAAAUUGCAAAUUUGGGAUACAGCCGGACAAGAGCGAUUCAGAUCAAUGGCGCCGAUUUAUUAUCGAGGUGCACAUGUCUGUGUUCUGGUCUAUGAUAUUUCAGAUAGACAGAGUUUCCAAGAUGUAAGAAGUUGGUUGGAAGAGCUGGGCAGGACUGUACCGAAGGAAACAGUUAUUUUCGUCGUUGGGGCGAAGAUAGAUUUGAGCAAAGAUAGAGUGAUAACUUUUGAGGAAGCCCGAUCAACCAUUAGAACAUGGCUCAAACCAUCGCCUGCCCCAGAACCUACCAUCGUUCUCUCCCCACCACCCCGAUCGGUGUUCAGAGCAUCAACGACCAUUCAUCGAAAUGCAUCCCCUGCUCCUUCCGACCAAAAUUUGAAUAGCGCCGGACCACCCGUACGAUCUCACUCCUACGGUGCUCUUUCGUCAUUAGGUCAAUCGACGCCUCCCGUCCCAGCUCCUCGACCAACCGAGACUUCUCGUCAACCUAGUCCUGGCCUACCAUUCCCCAUGCCCAAGACCACCUCUGCCAACAGUGCUCGAAGUAAACUUACACCUGUCAAAGUGAAAACCUCCUCAUCACCUCCAUCUGUGAGAUUCCUCUCACCUACCUCACCGUCAAAACUCGCCUUCCCCUCACUUCAAUCACCUAUCAAACCUACUUCAGCUACUUUUACAGACCCGGUUGGACCCCAGAUCACCCCUGCAUCAGCAAUGAUGGGCCAUCGAUCGAGCCGAUCCAGUCGUUUCUCUAUAUCUGGUGUAUUGGGAUUAUCCCGCACGACUAGUUUCUCAGGUGCCGCUUCUUCCCUUGCUCAACUGGCCGAAGUGCCAACUUCUCCUAGACAAUCACAUGAUAGUUCACGUACCUCUGACUCACCCAGACCUCGAUAUGAUAGUACACCGUUGUCGAACAACCCUUAUGAGAAUGGAUAUGGCAGUAGGGACAGAAGGAAAUCUGAAGAUUGGUCUUCAAGAUCCUGGAAGAUGGGUCAGGGACCUGGUGCGGCCGAGACUUUAGGAGAAUUUGGAGAUGGUGUGAAGAAGAAACAAUCUGGUGAAUUACUUGUAACACCCUUGUCUGCUAGUACAGGAUCUGGAUCAGGCUCAGGCUCUGUGUCCGCAUCGGGUUUUAAGAAACAGCAGUCUUCGUCGGCUGGGGGGAAUAGGAGUAGAGGAGGAAGUUUGGGUAGAGAUCCAAGAUUAUACGGUGAUGGGUCUGAACAGCCUUUCAGAGGUGCGGGAUCUCGUCAGGAGGAAGAGGAACAUGGAGAAGGUCUAGCCUGGGGUGUGGAUGUUGAAGGUAUAAGAUUAGGGGAAUGUAGCGCUCUGUCUGGACAAGGCGUAGAAGCAUUGUUCAAAUCUAUCACUUCUCUAUUGGUAGAGAAGAAGGAUAAGAUCGAAAGAGAGAGGGUCUUGAGAAAGAAGAACAGCGUGAUGCUUGUCGAUCCCACCAAUGAUGGGGAAGUUAAUGUGGAAGGGAAUGAUAAAGGUGGUUAUGGAUGUUGUGCAUGA